AUUUUUUUGUUAAAUUGUCGGGGUUACUAUUUAUGAAGGGCAUUAAGCUUCUUCUUUUCUACCAAAUUCAGUCGGAAGAAACUAUAUUACUGGUGUAAUAUUAAAAAUUUCAAGAAGAAUUCAUUCAGAUAUAUGGUCAUAUCUGUUAACCAGUCACACACUCAAUUACUUAUGCCAACAAAUAUGGUAUAUUUUGACACUUCGUACUUCUUCCAACUGGGAAAUGUUCACAAUGAAUAUAAUUGACGACGUGUUUAUUUUGCUGUUUCUUUUGAGUGUCAAUGUGUGCAGCAGGUGAAACUUGUUUUGGAUGAAAUAUUAAGGAUUAUUAUUAACAUAUACAAAGUUAAACUAUAAAAUCGAAAUGAGCGCUGAUUGGGAUGAAAUUAAACGUCUGGCUGCUGAUUUCCAGAAAGCCCAAUUAACAUCGACAUUACAACGGCUCUCGGAACGCAAUUGCAUUGAAAUAGUUUCGCUAUUGUUGGAAAAGAAUUUGUUAAAAGCUUUUUUCACCAACGAUGGCAAAGAGUAUAUUACACCAGAUCAAUUAGAACGCGAAGUGCAGGAUGAGCUAUAUGUGAACGGGGGACGUAUUAAUCUUGUAGAAGUCAGCAAAACGCUCAAUGUUGAUUUGUCACGGAUGGAAGAGAUCGCCGGUCGCAUCGCGGAAAAUGAUCCUGAGAUACAUUUCAUGUUAGGUCAGCUAAUCAACGAGCAAUACAUCACACAUAUUGCAGAAGAAGCCAACGAACGCCUAGCACAGAGGGGAGAAAUAACUGUUUCUGACCUGACACAACAAUUUGACUUGCCUUCCGAUUUUCUGCAGCAUGAUGUUAUGGAAAAACAUUUGGGCAAGAUCAUACGCGGUCGUCAAGAUGCAUCCAAUCCCCGUGUCUUUUUCACUCAAGCAUAUAUUCAACGUUGCAAAGCUAAAAUACGUGGUGCCCUCAAAGCUAUUACUCGUCCAACUAACGUAGCAAGCAUUUUACAACAAAUCAAUGUGCAAGAAAAAAUUUUUCAUUCUUUAUUUGAUGAGAUUGCGCCUGCCGGUCAUGUGACAUCUAAACAACCAAAUGCACAAUAUAUUCCAAAUAUUUACACAAAAAUGCAAGCGGAUUGGGUGAACUCAUUUUAUAAACAAAAUGGCUUUCUGGAGUAUGAGGGUAUUGCAAAAUUGGGUGUUUCUGAUCCAAAACAAUUUAUACGGAAACAACUGCCUAAUGAGGACAUUAUUUACUUGAAACGUUGUGCAAUCGGCACUAAAGUAAUUGAUCUCACUGUUCUUAGUUCAUUAAACGAAUGUAGUGCUACUAAAAGUUACGUUGAUUUGGCUACCAUAUUACCAUCUAAUAUGUCAGAAGAAGAUAUUGAGGAAGUAUUUGAAACGAUAAUGGCAAGGAAAGGUGCCACGCCCGCAAAUUUUGUAUUUCUUCAAAGCAUUGUAUUCUCACAACAAUAUUUGAACGACCUUAUACAACCCUGUCACGAAAUGGCACAUGUAAAUGCCAAAACUGCAGUUGACAGCGGCAUUUAUCAACAAUAUCUAGCUGAAAAACAGCUAUCAGGCAAAUCAGCGGCGGCACAGGACUAUGAUGAUGAUUCCAAAACUGAUAAGCGCGAGGAGCGACGCAAAAAGGCAGCAUCAGGAAAGGCUGGUGGGGGUAGUCAGGGUCGCGAAACUAAAACUAAAUCGACCAAAAAGCAUCAACGAGGCGGACGUGCAAUAGCUGGUGAUAGCGAUGAAGAGCAAGAAUCACGUAAUGGAGCAAGCAAGAAAGGUGCAAAAUGUUUCGAACUGGUGAAUGUGGGUGAUAUUGCAAAAAUUAUUAACAAGACUUUGGAAAAUGAAGGAUUGGAAUAUCUCUCAGACAUUAUUGCAGCAUUGUAUCACAGUCAAUUAAAUCAAGUUGCAAUGGGCAAAGCACAAGAACUGUUCGAAGCAACACCACAAACAAAUCGCAGACAAACGCAUGCAGCAAUACAAGAGCGCAUUAACACCAUACUCGUUGAUCUACGCUUAUAUGAGAAGGGCUUAAAACUUCUCCCGGCCGAUGUACAACCGCAGCUGGUCAAAUAUUUGCUCAAAUCGCUUGGCAAUGACAUUUGUAAUGAAUUGACCGCCUAUAUCGCCAGCGAAAGCAAUUUAAAUACGAAACUAACCAAUUUCAAUGUGGAUCAACGCAACAAAAUAGCACAGGAGUGUGACCAAGCAUAUAGGACAGCCUUAUUGGAAAUCAACAAAGCGCUAAAUAAAACAAUAGAUGAUUUUGUGUUGGCUACGGAAGCCGUAUUAAAAGCAUGUAGCAUGAUAAUUAAGAAGGUUGAUAAGAAAAAGGAUCGUCAACUUAUACUCCAACACAAGCAGAAAUUAUUACAACAAUUGCAGGAAACCGUAGAGCCUGCAUUGGUGUUGCACUUAGCCUCUUUAAUACUUUUCACAACAGUAACGGGUUGUAUUAUACACGCUUCCGGUAAAUUUGUCGCACAAAUACUCGCUUUUAUACGUCCCCAUUUAAGUAAUGAGCAAAAUGAACAGCUAAUGCAGUACCAUGACUAUGUUUUGAAAUUGUUGCAAGCAAAAGAAGAUAGUGACGAAGCGAAACUCAUAAGCGAACAAUUACAGAAUUUACAAAAUGUCAUUAAAGAGCUGGCGGCGUGCUAUGAGAAAACUGGUACUUCCAAAACCGAAUGAAUAUGAAUGUUAUCUUAAUAAGGACCUAGUAGUCGCAUUUUUUAUGUAAGGCUAUAUGUUAUUUGUUUUCAAUCAUUUUAUUUGUAUGUUUUAUUUGCAAUAAAGUCAUUUGCAAGAUGCUAGUA